GUUGAAGAAUGGGUGCCUCCCUUGGAGCAUAACGGCCGAGCAAUCACUACAUCGGACAGCACAAUCUACUCAAGCGACUUGGCCUUUGACUUAUCAAAGACAUUGCUGCUACCUUUGGAUAUGGCGGAGCAAAACAUUUCAAGCGACGUGUUGAUCAAGGGUUCGGUGCAGAUGCUAACCGCAUGCAUUCAGAGGAUGCACAUCAUGGACGAAAGGCGACAUCGUGAUGAGCAAGAGAGGGUCAAGACGAUCAACAUGUUGGCUGAUGCUGAUAUGUCCUUGAAGGCGACCGGAGAGGAUAUAAAGGAGAUGAAAGAUGCAAAGAAGAAAGCUGAAGCACUGAUGUUCAUGGCCGAGCGGAGGGCUGCAGAUGCCAAUGCUGCUUUGAAGUCUUUAAAGUCUAAUUAUCAAGGGAUGGUGGAUGAGGCUGAACAGAGGGGCUAUGACGAGGCCGAAAAGACCUAUUCCGAGGAGAUUUUGAAGCUGAGGGACAAGAUCUUUACUAAGGGUUGGACUGGGGCUCUGCGCGCUGCUAAGGUGGAAGAGGCUUCUCCUCUUUAUAAUAUUGACGAUAUCCCAGUCCCUUCGAAGACCGCCGCGAGGGUUAGGAUGAGAAGGCCUCGUCAAGGUGGAGCUACGGAUGUUGAUCCUUCUGGCCUUUCUCCUUUCCUGCCAAGCUCUUCCUUGGUUAGACAGAUUGUCAUUCCUACAGAAGAGGAGCACCGCAAGGAUGGACACUACGAGGAGGAGCAACGCGAGGAGUAAGUUGUUAGGUUGCCUCGAGUUUUGCUUUUACUUCUACUUUAGUAGUUCUUUUGUAAUGAAACUUGGAAGUUAAUGAAGUAUCUUCAAGUUUUGUUUUAGCGUUCGGUUGGAUAAGCUAUGGUACAAACCG